AUGUCGCCAUUGGAUCAGAUCUCAGAGCCAAUGUGUGUGUGUGUCGCUGCCCGCUGCCCCAGAUGUGGCCAGCAGCUGGAGGCCAAGAUGAAGGACAGGCUGGAGGAGCUACAGAGCCAAGAUCAGGAGGCCAAUCCCAUGGAGAAGUUUUUCCAGGAAGUGGCCACGCUUUCCUUGGCACUGAAUGAGCUGGAAAGACUGUCGGAAUUGAUAGACAGGAAGCAGCAGGGCGUACUGUGCUGUACUGCAGAGGAGAGCAUAGUGGAGGCCAAGCAUGAGCUAAGCCUGCUGAAAGCCUCCUUUGCCAGCAUGGCCCGCUGUGUGCAGCCCCAGCUCAGCACCAUCCAGCGAGAACUGGCCCCUGAGCAUCGGGACUGGAGGGUAGAGCACCGCAUCCAGCAGAGCCACUACCAAGCCACCAUCAGUCGCCACUAUGCCAAUGAGACCCAAUACGUGAGGAUACUGAAGGAGAAAACGGUGAGACAGGCCGAGCUGGCGGGCCUGAAGCUACACCAGGGAGACAUCGAGCAGCUGGUAGCCGGCCAGUCGUUACCCAGGAUCGUGGGCUGGGACUUAGAUGCGCUGAGGGCCAAACAGCACCUGGCCAUGGCCCACGUGCGCCACCAGCAGCUGUUGGACUUGGAAGGCCAGCUGGGGGAGCUGCAGGCUCUUUUCCUCCAGCUGGACGUGCUCAUCUCGGAGCAGCAAGAGCUCCUGGACAACAUCAAGUACAACAUCUUGCACACCCAGGACUACGUGGCCCAGUCGGAUGUGAUGGUCAAGAGGGCCAUCAAGUACAAGCGCCAGUCACGGCUGUCAGUAGUGCUGUUGGUUGUGCUGGGCCUCUGCACCUGCUGCACAUGCUUGGCUGCGCUGAGGGGCCAAGCAGGGAACUUUUCUGGGCCAGACUACCUGUGCCCUUAG